AUGAGUAAAGCUGCUAAUAGGCUCAAUGGCAGUAUAGGGCCUCCUUCGCGGAACGGGUCUGAGUCGCCGGUGUCGCUGCCGCCCAUGCUGAGUCCCACGCUACCAGCAUGGGCCGAGGAAAUGAUUCCGCAGCGAAUGCUCAGUCCCACACUGCCGCCGGAAUUCGAUGAUUUAGGCAGCUUUCGCAGCGACAGCACUGGUUCAAGCGACAAGAAGAAACCGUCUUCCGCGGCAACAGCUUCUGAUAGGCCUGUGAUAUUACAGCCAGUACCCAAACGUGCUGUCGCGCCUCUGAUUAGUGAAGGAAAUGGCGACCAUAUUCUUUCAAAUGGAAAAGAUUCAACUAUAAAUGGGAAAAAGCGACGUCCUUCUUUUAUUGUUACUUUGAAGGUGGAUACCAAAGAACGAGAACGAGACAGAGACAGAGAUGGCGAGCUGUCUGAUAAAUCCAAUAGUGAAAGUGCUAAGAAUAGAGAAAAAGUCAAUGACCGAAGGAUUGGAGAAAAAACGGACCGAUCCAAGGAUCGUACUGUCACGAAAGAUGGUGAAAUACGGGCUAAAGAGAGACCAGAAAAAGGUGUAGCAUCUACAAAAUUAAACGAAAAGUCUAAGCGUCCACCAGUGAAAGAUGGUAGAGACUCAGAAGGUGAACUCAGCUCCAAAAAGCCAUCAUCAACCAACCCCAACUCGAGCUCUAAAAAGACGAUCGGGCUGGGAAUCAUUGAACACAAAUCUUCGCAAAAUGGAAGUUCUACUUCGAAUAAUGCUAAUACUAAUGCUACUACUAACAAUACCAAACCAUCUACAAAACGACCUAAAAUCAACCGAAGUUACUCGAGCUCGUCAGAAGACGAGGGGCCCUUGGCAGAGUCUGCCAAGCGCAAAAAAAUCUCCAAGAACCAGAAUCAGAACCAGAAUCAAAACCACAACUCUCAAACACAGCUGCCAUCUGUCAAAGCAACAAAACAAAAGUCCGAACAAAAAGAUUCAGGUGCUGGACUCACGAAUCCAGCAUCUUCACCCAUCUCGAAAAUAUCGAGUCAGUCGGCCAUUUCUGAAGAGAAACGAGAAAAGUACUACCGUCUUCUGAGAAGCAAAAUGCACAACUGGAUCGAGCUUGCCAGAGAGAAGAAACACGAAGCCGAUAGUGCAAUGGAAAAAAAGCAAUACUCUCUGGCUGCCGUUAUUAGUGUCGACUCACUACUGGCAUUCAUAGUAGGGUUUGACUAUGAAGAUAGGGCCGAUCAGAUGGUCCGACGAGAUGCCAACCGUAGCUCUUGGUCGACUCUGAUUCCGUUUAUUGGCCGGUUGAUAAUAAAUUUUGAGCAGAACAAGAUCCACCAAUUAGUGGGUCUAUUAUAUCAGAUUCGGGCCCUGGUUCACAUGAGAAUUGCAUCUGCCUGUCAUAGCGUAAUCCAAAAGAAGACAAAGCAACUUCCCGACACCGGAUCCUCUGCAUCACGAGCAGGAUCUGGACCGGGAUCUGGAUCGGAUGACGUCGAUGUGAAUAAACUAAACCAGGAAAUUGUCCACCUAACAACCAAAUACAUGGCCUGCCACGACUCGUCGAUGCAGGAUUUCAAGCUCGGCUUGACCCAACUCAGUUUAGACGAUGUCGAAAAGGACUACCCCAAAACUUGGACCAACAGACACGCCAGUCCAAAACCGUCAAGCAAACACGAAGGAGGCUACCGACCGCUCGAGGACCCCUACUACCUGCCCAUGCACUGCUUCUCUACCCUCCAAGAAGCUGCUGCCUUUGGAUACAAACUAACCAAAGAAUGGGCCGACUCCAACAACAUCAAAUGCGACUCCUGGGCCCUCGUCAAGGGUCUCUGUUAA